CCAAUAUGGUGAACAGACCGGGUAAAUUGUGAACUUAGAAAGGAUGAUGUAGUCAACAUGAGUAUUGCAGAGAGGUUAUUCGGGCGGCAAAGUGCUAUCACCGGAAAACUACUCGCAAAAACGCUAUUCUUGAGGAGAUGUCUCACGUCUUUUGGUAAUUGUAAGGUUACCGAGUUUCGCACAAGAAGAACAUGGUCCAACCUUCCGUACAAUUUUCUUGGAAAGAAAACAUUCCUGAGCAGCAAAGGCAGUACACUGAAUCAGUUUCGGAGAAUCUGCAGUGAAUCAACAAGCCAUGGAUUGUCUACCCAGGAUAAAAUUGACAUGUCAGACUUUCCAGUGUCAAGAAUUAAAAACUUUAGCAUUAUUGCUCACAUUGACCAUGGAAAAAGUACCUUGGCUGACAGACUUCUUGAAAUGACAGGCACAAUAUCAAAAGAUAAUGUCAACAAGCAAGUGCUGGAUAAGCUUCAAGUGGAAAGGGAGAGAGGAAUAACGGUUAAAGCUCAGACUGCAUCAUUAUUUUAUGAUUAUGAAGGAGAAACAUACCUUUUAAACCUUGUUGAUACGCCAGGCCAUGUGGAUUUUAGCUAUGAAGUGUCCAGAUCUUUGGCUGCUUGUCAGGGUGUUAUUUUACUGGUUGACUCAGCUCAGGGUGUCCAGGCACAGACAGUAUCUAAUUUUUUCCUUGCAUUUGAUAAGGAUUUACAUAUAAUCCCAGUACUCAACAAGAUUGAUAUGAAGACUGCUGAUCCUGAGAAUGUCUCAAAACAAAUGGAAAAAUUGUUUGAUGUUAAACAGAAUGAGAUUUUAAGGAUCUCUGCAAAAACAGGAUUAGGAGUGGAAACUGUGCUGAAAGCAGUUACUGAGAAACUGCCAUGUCCUCAAGGUGAGAUGUCAGCCCCCUUAAAAGCUCUUCUGUUCGACACAUGGUAUGAUCAGUACAGAGGAGUGAUCUGCCUUGUUGCCGUUCUUGAUGGAUCACUGAAAAAGGGAGAUGAUGUCAUGUCUGCCUACACACAACAGAAAUAUGAAGUCCUGGAUAUUGGAAUAAUGCAUCCAGGAGAGGUCUCUACUAGCGCCCUAUUUGCAGGUCAAGUAGGAUUUGUAGUUUGUGGAAUAAGAAACAGCAAAGAUGCUCAGAUUGGUGAUACAUUCUUCCAUCCUCAUGCACCUGUGGAACCACUGCAAGGAUUUAAACCCAUGAACUCCAUGGUGUUUGCUGGUGUCUACCCUGUUGAUCAAUCAGAACAUCUUUAUCUAAGAUCUGCCAUAGAAAAACUCACACUCAAUGAUGCCAGUGUCUCAGUUCACCCAGAUAGUUGUCUGGCUCUGGGUCAGGGAUGGCGUCUAGGUUUUCUUGGCUUGUUACACAUGGAUGUCUUCAAACAGCGAUUGGAGCAGGAAUAUGAUGCAAGCAUUAUUAUUACUGCUCCAAAUGUUCCUUACAAAGCAAUUUUGAAAAAGAACGAUGUUGAGGUGGAGAUUCUGAACCCUUUGGAGCUUCCAGGGCCCUCUCAGGUACAUGCAUAUUUGGAGCCUUAUGUAAUGGGUACGAUUGUGUUCCCUGAGGAGUGUAUGGGCAAAAUGUUGAGUCUUUGCGAGAAUAGGCGCGGUGAGCAGCAAGAAGUAAUUUACAUCGACGAGUCACGUGUCAUGUUGAAAUACUUACUUCCGUUGAACGAAGUUAUUGUGGAUUUCUAUGAUGAUCUCAAAUCCCAGUCAUCUGGCUAUGCAAGCUUUGAUUAUGAAGAUGUUGGAUAUAGAGAAACAAACGUUGUUCGGAUGGAUAUCCUAAUAAACGGCUAUGCUGUUGACGCCCUAAGCUGUAUAGUUCAUGGAGACAAAGCUCUUCAGUCAGGUCGGUCCAUGUGCGCGAAACUUAAGGACGUCAUACCAAGGCAACUAUUCGAAAUUGUUAUUCAAGCCUCAGUUAGAGGAAAAAUCACAUCGAGAGAAACUAUUAAGCCCUUAAGAAAGGAUGUUACUGCAAAAUGCUAUGGUGGUGAUGUGACAAGGAAAAUGAAACUACUUCGGCAGCAAAAGGAAGGAAAAAAGAAGAUGAAAAGGAUAGGAAAAGUAGACAUACCACACGAAGCAUUUCUGAGUGUUUUAAAAAGAUGACAACGACCUAUCGACACUUGAUUGGCUGAAAAUACCUUUUCUUUGACAUAUCUCUGCAGGGAUUUUCGUUCGGUCUGUGGUGGAUCCUAAAGACAAUAACUCGACCUGAUGGGUAAUCUUUUGUAUGAAACUAAUUAAAACAAAAAUUAAAAGACAAAAAGACUUACUCACA